AUGCAGAAAAGCUUGAAGGGGUCUCGGCAGGGUGCCUCCUCCGUCAAAAGUGCGAUCGACAAGUGUGGGGCCGCAAAGCAAUGGAUUGCAGCGCUGCGCCUGUUGCGCGAGGCGUCCCAACCACAUGCGGAUCUCAGCCUCAGUCUAUAUUGUGUGACCGUCGGCAUAUGCGGAAAGAGCAAACAGUGGCGACAUGCGCUGUCGCUUUUCAGAGAGCUGGCUGGCAUGAUGCUGGAGCCAGACGUCAUCUUCUUCUACAGCAGCGGAAUCAGCGCGUGCGGAAAUUGCAAUCAGUGGCAGCAGGCGCUAUGGCUGCUCAGGGAGAUGUGGUCGCUGGAUCUACAGCCAGACCACAUUAGCUACAACGCUGGGAUCAGCGCGUGCAACACAGGUGUAGAGUGGCAGCGGGCAUUGUUCUUGAUCAGCGAGAUGCGGGAGGUGAGAUUGGAGCCGAACGGUUUCCAUUCAAGUUACAGCGGCGGAAUCAGCGCCUGCGGGAAAUGCGGGCAGUGGCAGCCUGCGCUGUCGCUGCUCAGGGAAACGUGGGAGGCGAAGUCGGAGCCCAAUGUGAUACAUAAUCACCUCUACACUGCCUGA